AUUAAUAAACUCGGUUUCUUCCUUCCUAGAAACCAGUCUUUCAGAUCACAGCUUCUAUAUUAGAUCGCCACUCUCUUCCCCUUUCAAUCCCAUAUUCGUGAUCUCUUAAUUGAAUCCCUCCAUUUUGCAAUGCAGAACAGAGAGAGUUCCAGGAACAUGGUUGAAGAACAGACGUUCCAGGAUUUCUUGCCCCACAUGGCGGAAAAGCUGGGGGCAGACGGUCUGAUAAGCGAGCUCUGCAACGGCUUCAGGCUGAUAAUGGAUCCGACGCGCGGGUUGAUCACUUGGGAGAGCCUGAAGAGGAAGGCGGAGGCGCUGGGGAUGGAAGGGAUGACGGAGGAGGAGGCGAGGGAGAUGGUGAGGGAGGGAGACUUGGACGGCGACGGCGCUCUCGACCAGAUGGAGUUCUGCGUCCUCAUGGUCAGGUUGAGCCCGGGGUUGAUGGAGCGGCUGUGGAGAUCCGUGGACGAUUCUCUCUCAAGGCAAAUCAUCGAUCUGAAUCGAUAGUUUUCUUUCUUCUUCCGGUCGAUUGUUGACAGAGACAUCUCUCUCUCCGUCUUUCGUGCUGUCUUUCUUACGCCAAUUUUUGUCCUUUUGACGUGCUCUUUGCAUGCCGGGAGAGACACAUUCAUGUUCAUAUUAUAUUACCAAUAGUGCGUCAUAUUUGUUUCUUCU